AUGAGAGCUUCCAAAACCAGGGAGUUGACAGGUCUGGAGCUCUCAGAAGCCUGUAGACCCCUAACACUGAGAGCUCCCAAAACUAGGGAGUUGGCAGGUCUGGAGCUCUCAGAAGCCUGUAGACCCCUAACACUGAGAGCUCCCAAAACCAGGGAGUUGACAGAGGUCUGGAGCUCUCAGGAGCCUUCGGCCAGCCGUGCAGUGACAGUGUCGUGCAGUGUCUUCCGCCUGUCCGCCAUGCUGGAGUUUAUACCUUGUAACAUGGUACAGAACGUCCAUCCCUCUCAAGAGGUGACGGGGCCCAAGUGCGAGAAGACUUACGAGAUGUGCGAAGGUUGCGGACAGAAGAUACACGACAGGUUCCUGAUGCGAGUGGGUGACGCGAAGGUGACGGGGCCCAAGUGCGAGAAGACUUACGAGAUGUGCGAAGGUUGCGGACAGAAGAUACACGACAGGUUCCUGAUGCGAGUGGGUGACGCGAGUUGGCACGAACAUUGUCUGGCCUGCAGCGUCUGUGGUGUAGGCUACUCCUCAGCCACUCUUGCUACUGGAGAGGGAACAAAGUGUAAUGUGAAUCAUGUUACAGAGGUGACGGGGCCCAAGUGCGAGAAGACUUACGAGAUGUGCGAAGGUUGCGGACAGAAGAUACACGACAGGUUCCUGAUGCGAGUGGGUGACGCGAGUUGGCACGAACAUUGUCUGGCCUGCAGCGUCUGUGGUGUACUCCUCAGCCACUCUUGCUACUGGAGAGGGAACAAACUCUACUGUAAACCAGACUACGACAGACUGUUUGGCGUGAAGUGUUCACGGUGUGGGGACCGCCUGCUGCCUCACGAGAUGGUGAUGAGAGCCCAAGCCCUGGUGUACCACCUGCCCUGCUUUAUAUGUGUAAUCUGCUGCCAGCCACUACAGAAGGGAGAACAGUUCGUGCUCCGUGGUCGUCAGCUCUUCUGUCGGCAAGACUUCGAGAAAGAGAUGUUUCUGAUGCAGCAGUCUAGCCCCACAGAUGACAUGAUGCUGGAUGAGAACAGCCGACCUCGGGAUGGCAGGAGAGGACCGAAGAGGCCAAGAACCAUCCUCACAUCGGCUCAGCGCAGACAGUUCAAGGCUUCUUUUGAAGUUAGCCCGAAACCAUGCAGAAAGGUGAGGGAAGCACUGGCGAAGGAGACAGGUCUGAGCGUGCGAGUGGUGCAGGUCUGGUUCCAGAACCAGAGAGCCAAAAUGAAGAAGAUUCAGAGGAAGGCAAAACAGGAUCUGGACAAGUCACCAACUGACAAGGAUGACAAGAGAGACAAAACCAUCAAACAGGAGCCCUUGUCAGGAGACCACAAUCAUUACCUAAGUAUAAACGGACUCAGCAUGCAUGACUCUUCUGAUGCAACUUACGCAACAUCUAGUCAGCCUCUGAACCCAAAUAACCCCUACUCUCCUGAUGAUGCGUACCCAGCACACUCUGGAGAGAGCUUCUGCAGCUCAGAUAUCUCACUGGACGACAGCACCAACCUGGACGAGGGUGGCUCCGAUACGCUAUCCCUGGAGUUGGGGCCACCCCCUAGUCACGAGGGUCUGCUGCUGGGUCAGAUCAACCCCAUUGACAAGCUCUACCUCAUGCAGAACUCUUACUUCAGCAGCACCGAGCAGUGAGCGACUAUUGCCGGCGUUCUGUACACAUUUUAUAAAAAUGGAAAUGUACAAAUGUUAGUUACCAUGUAGUUUUUCAUCUCACUUGCCAAAGAAACAAGAAAAGCAUCUUUUUCUUUUUAACAAAUCUUUUUAUAAUUAUUACAGACAAAUAUUGUUUAUUUCUACAUUACUAUUUUUAGUUUAUAAUAUAAAACAUUCAAUCAAAAUAUAUUUACAACAGUUAUAAAGUACUGAUCAGAUUUGAAUUUCAGGUCAUUAGCAGCAAUUUCAAAUCUGAAGCAACUAUUGAUCAUAUAUGAACCAUUGAAACUAGAUUUUAUUUAAUCUCUUAUUACUUACAGUUUAACAGAGCUGUAAGUUUCAUGUACAUCAAUGUUCUUAUCACUAAUAAUAAGUAAUAAUGUAUUAUUUAUUAUUAGGAAAGUAAUAUUUAGUUCUAUGUAAUUACAAAGUUAUGGGACUCAAAAUAAAGUAUGACAAGAGCUAAUUUGAUAUUUAUAGUUUUAAUUUUAUUACUACCAUAUGAAAAGAUAAGAAAAAAAGUAACACAAUUUGCCAAUAACAUGUUUCAUGAAAUGGUACCUGCUCUCUUCUCCAGGUAGAAAAUUCUAAAACAUGAGGUUAAGCUUGCAAGAAGCAAAUAUAUCAAGCACACAGUAAUAAAUAAACAGUCAAUGAUGAAAGUCAAAUUGACAGCAAAAAGUUGUAUGUACAAGAAUAUAAUCGUAAUAUGGUUCUUACAAUUUGAUGUUACUUCUGUACAAUUAAUCUUCACAUAAGGAACAUUAGAGAAUCUACUGCUGUAAAAAACAAAUUAUAUCAACAAUCAGGUUUUUGCCCUUUAUUUCAUUAUUAGAGUUUUUACAGCUUUUGUAAUUGAAAACUUACUUUUUACAGUAGUCUAUCUAUAGGAUAUUCAAAACCUUAGACUUUGUAAGAAUCUUUAGGAUUCAAAAGAAUUUACUUUUUCUUUGAAAUUAAAAUUAGAAAGGUUCAAUGCUAAUUGUGUUUUUGUGAGCUAGUUAGCUUUGAAUUCAUCUAAUAUCGAUAUAAUCACCAAUUAUUCAAUUUAUAUUUGUACAAGCAAUAUUGAUUUGUAUCAUUACAGAUUAUAUAACACAAAUAUGUUGACAGAUUAUGAGAUUUCAUGUGAGCAGUAGUUUUAAACUAUAAUCUGAAUAUUUUUAAGUUUUAAGAUUUAAACAACCAAAUGUCAAGACAGUGAUAAAAUGCCUUAUAGCAGCUAUAAUAUUAUAUGCUGCUUGUAUCAGUAACUUGUAAAAAUAAUGUGCUAUUUUAGGUCCUUGCCAACAUUAACACAAAUAUUCCUGGAUUAACAUUUAUUUUCCAAAUCUAAUCCAGGCUGUUGUCAUUGUUCAGUUCUAAACAAAAUUUAAAGUAUUGGCUGCUUAAGAUGGUCAUACAAAUAUUGAAUAGCAUUUCUAGUGUAAUUCUUAUUUUUUUUAUAAGAGACCAAUCUCUUUUUAUUAUAUUAGACUUAUUAUCCAUUUCAAAGAAAAAAGUUGUUGGUUUUAAUAUAACUUUUUUCCAAUUUAUAAGUGUUAAAAUUUAUAUUUUUAAUUCACAAAUGCCUUGAUAAUUUUGUUCAAAGUAAACUUGUUCAGUUGUAAUGGAAAUGUACAAGAUAUUUUGUUCACAUAAUGAUGAGUAGUGUAAAUUCUAGUCAUACGCCAAAUAUGUUUAUCAUAGUAAAAUGUAAAUAUAUAAAAUACAGCAUUUUAUAUUACUCCAUAAUUGUUAUUCUAUUUAAGUAUUAAUUUACUAGAAAUUAAAUUAUUAUUUAUGUAAAACCACACAUGUUUAUGUUAUCAGACACUGAUAUAAUAUAGACUUUAACAGAGACUCAGUUACUGUUAAUUCACAAAGCGCAUAAUAAAAUACACAAUAAAACAAUUUGAUUUUAUGGUAUAUUCUUUGGAAAAACAUAUUUCUAAAAUAAUAUCUAUGAAUGUAUUUCAGUUUAAACUAAUGAGGGUUCAUAUUUAACACUUCAAAUUUCCAAUGUUUGCUCGCCUUGAGUUCUCUGAUCAUGGGAAGGUUAAAACUAUUUUAAUUGCAUUGUUAUCCUUUGAAGGCAAAAGGGUUCCGGCGUAUCUAUUUUGAGAAAACAAUAAAAACAUUGUCUUUGAAACUACUUCAACAAAUUCUUGCCAAACUUGAAUUGGUUGUAGAAAAGCUAAAAACCAAUGGAUGUAUCAGGACUGAAACAUAUUUUUUUUAUUUACCUAUUGAUUAGGUAAUCAUUAUAUUUCACUGAUACCUGAUACCAAUUUAUUUUAGGUAUCAGGUAUCAAACUAAUGGUAUUUUUGGCCUGAAUCUAAAAAUGCCUAUGGUAUUUGAUGAAGCUAAAUUAUGUGCUUUCUACGGCUUAAAAUCCUAAUCUUUAAAAAUAUCAUAACAUUUUAAACAUAAAGUAAAGUACAGGUAUUAACUUAUUAAAUAUGAAAGUGUGCUCGAGUUUUGAAAUGGUAAAUGUUUACCACAGUGAAACAGUUAAAAGGCUUCUCCAAUAUCCUUUUAAAAAUUUAAAUAUCUUCAAAAACAACUUACUUUUAAUAUGUGUAUCAUAUUAAAAACAUUUUCUUUCUGUAGCAGAAAUAAUCUUAUUAUUUAAAAGGAAAUAAGUGGUCUCCAGGAUCAAAACUUUCAUAAUUAGUUCCAAUAUAAUCCAAUUUGAAAUGGGAAAAAUAUACUUGAAUGUGGUGUCAACUAAAGGUAUUUUCUUACUGAAUCUAAAAAUGCACUUCAAUUUUGGAUAAGUAAAAGUUGUAGUUACCAAACAAUUUAUAAAUGCAAAAUAAUUUCUUCGUAAAUAAUAAUAUUUUGUUAUUAAUUAAAGUUAAUCACAUGAUCCUUUACUCUAUAAGUGUGAAUCAAAACAAAUCAUAAAUUUGAAGAUUUAAAAAAUCCUGAACACAACAAAAACCAAUAACAUUGUACUGUAGUUUAUUUCAUAGAUACUGUAUGACAUUGAAACCAAUAGUUGGAUGAUGAGCUUGCAUAUGCAAGAAAGUACUGCUAGUUAAUCCUCGUACAUGAUUUGAAUAUGAUUCUAGAUAGUCUCUAGAAGGAUAUAGAAAUCAAUAUGAUAUAAAAACCAGUGACUGUGAUAAGAACACACAAUUAACACAUUAAAAGGACAUGAUACUGUGAAUAAUUAAAUUUGGAGUUGUAGCAUAAUUUUGUACUUUAAAAAUACAACUUGGAAAUAUAUAAAAAAGAGAGAAUUCCUUAUUAGUAUGAAUUUAAUUUAAUCAAUAAAUGAUGUUAAAGAUAAGAAUUUCUCCUAAACUUUGAGGAAUGUGCUAUACUUAAGUCCCUGUAUUCCUGCACAGAUGGACUUUAUUCCUUAAUGUACCAAUUUCUAAAUAUUUUUAGGUUUUUGAGGUUACUGAAGCUAAGAACCAAAGAAUUGCUAGACGAUUUGGCUGAUUACAUGGUGAAUUGGGAAUUAUUGCUCAGAUUGACUAAUUUGGCUUAAAAGCCACAAAAGCCAAAAUAAGGAUUAUUACAAAACAACCUUGGAAUAGUAAAAGCCUGCAAGACAAAUAUAGGAGGGAAGGGUUAUAGGGUGGGGUAUGAUUCACUUUCUUAGUUCUACUUGGGAGUUACUUUGUCCCUCAAAAACACUAAAACUCGUAUAAAAAUUAAAAUUAUAUUAUUUGAAAAUCUGGAUUAAAAAUAUAAGUCACAAGUGUUAUUCUAAAACAAAUAUAGCACUUUAAAAAGUAAUAAAACAAUCAAAUAUUUGAUUGGUUAUUACAUCAAAGUUAUUGUGAUAUCCUAUAACAUGUUACAUCAAAACUUUUGCAACAGUUGCUACUGUUAAUAAUAUUAUAUUAUGAAUUCACUAAUCACAUUACUAUUCUUAAUUAUAUUGAUGGCUUAAGAUUAUAUUUAUUAUUGGUGGCUUCCACACGCUUACAAAUCCCCUUGUGAAGGUUACCAUCUGUAAUAGUUAUAUGUUUAGUUGUUUAAUAGUUCAAGUACCAUACACACUUAUUUUAGUUAUUUAAGCUCUUAAUAGUAUGCCAUUUACUUUCAAAUUGCAUUAAAAAGGUUUAUUUUUUAAAUUGGAAUCAGAAGUGGAGAAAAGUUCAAUAACUUAUACACUAUAUAUUUGUUUACUUUUAAUUAGGUAUACUCUCAGUGUGUAUUUUUGGCAUAGCAGUUCCAUAGCCUAUUAAAUAUGAAAAUAAAAAUAUCCAUAUCACAAAUAAAAUACCGUAAAUUUACACUAUGAAAUGUGAUUGUUUUGUUAACCACUCAUUGUAAUUUUUUUAUUGCUGAACUGAACCCACAUUAAAGUUGAAGACUUAUAUAAUUUAUUUAUAAAGAGAAUCAAUGUUAAUUUAAGAAAUGUAUUAACAGUAUUGGAAUAUUAAUUUAUAAUUUGUUUUGUAAAUAAUGUAAAUUAAACUUGUACAAUUUAUGGAAAAAUACAAGCUAUUAC